AUGACAAUAUCGUAUUCGGGAAACUUUUUGCAAUUGCUAUUACGGUGGAAAGGAUCGAUAUUCCGGAGUGUUUGGAAAGAGUUGUUGAUCUAUUUGGGAUUACAUUAUCUUAUCCGUUUUGUUUACACUGAUAUUCUACCGUGGGCCGACCCCGAUGGAAAGCUUAAAUACAGAGACUAUUUCAUCUCGAUUUGUCAGCAAUUCAAUGAGUACACCAAAUUGAUACCACUCACUUUUCUUCUUGGCUUUUAUGUGUCAAAUGUUGUCUCAAGAUGGUGGAGACAAUUUGAAUGCCUUUGUUGGCCGGAAGAUCUUCUCUCACUUCUUUGUUUCGUCGUUCCAUCAAGUGACCCAAAGCAGGCUCGGGUUCGGCAUCGAAUCGCUCGCUAUUUGAAUUUAACGUGUGCACUGGCUUGGAGAGACGUCUCCUCGAAAAUUCGCCUUCGCUUCCCCACCGUUCGUCACAUUGUUGACAGUGGACUAUUGACUGAAUCAGAAUAUGAGCAAUUGAUGGAAAUCUCUAGAACAAACCAGGGUUGUGUCUGGUUGACUCCUCUCCAUUGGGUUCAACAGAUUGUCUCAGAGAUUGUCAGCGAGACUGGCGCUCUACCCGCUUAUGUCAAUAAUUUCAAUCAAGAGCUGAAAACGUUUCGGAUAUCGUUUCGUCGACUUUUCUGUCAUGAUUGGGUUUGUGUGCCGCUCGUCUACACACAGGUGGCUGCACUUGCCACUUACGCUUUCUUCUUCUUUUGCCUCUUUGGACGACAAAGUAUCGUUGAGAUUGAGGCAAAAGGACGCUCAGGCUUUGAUGCUGUCGAUUUGAGAUUUCCUUUGUUCACCGUUGUCCAAUUCUUGUUCUUUGUCGGAUGGUUUAAAGUUGGGCAAGAUCUAAUGCGACCAUUUGGUUUGGACGAUGAUGACAUUGAGUUAGCCUAUAUUCUUGAUCGAAACAUUGUCACUUCUUUUACGAUUGUCAACAUUUUACAGAAUAAAGAACCACCUGCUUUUGAAGAAGAUGCCUUUUGGAAAGUCAGAGAUCAGCCGAAUGCGCCUGAUUCAAAAUUAAGAUUUGGUCGCAUUGAUUUGAGUCGAACAGCUCAUAAACAUCCGCCUAAACUUCAUAUGUUAGAGGAGUUGAAAGGAAAGGAUUUCGAGAGUGAAAUCGAGAAUGGUGGUUGUACAUUGCAUGAGAACAAAGAGACGAAAGGGGAAAGAAAAUUACUUUUAUGG